CAGGUGUUCUGCUUUCAGCGACAGAUGAAGGGGGGGGACAACUGAGCGGAGGCGUUUCCGGUGCUUCGCGGUUGCCAUAGAAACCGACAUAAAGAUGGCGACCGUGACGACUUUUCAAUAGAGAAGGAGAAGACCCGGUAAGAGGAGCAGGUUCCCGCCAUCAGGUGUUUGGGACUCAGCAGAGGAGGUCCUCCUGUGGCUCCAGCUCGUUGCAGAUUCUCCGGCUUCUCCUCUCCUGCCUUCUGGUCCACCGUUUUCCCCGCCGCAGUCUGACCAUUUAUUUUUUAAAACUUUUUCUCUUCUAUAGGAGGAAGCUCUCCUUUGGUAAGGAGGUGGACAUCUUCUGAGGACCCCCGCUGUGUGGGCAGGCUCGCAUAGCUCUGUCCCUUUCCUAUAGAUGUCUGUAGGGAGCUGUUCUCUUGGACGUUAAGAAAGAAGACUAACUAUUAACUUGGAUCCAAAGUCGAUCUGCUGUACAGCCUGUCUACUUUGGAAGCAAGGAAGGAGGAGAAAAUCGCACCGCAUCAGUGCAAGUUGACGUGAGAACGAGGCCUGCCUGGGUAGACCUGUAGGGGAGUGGUGUACACCAGCAUGGGGUCAGAAGGGCUGGGUGCUUCUUAGCCUCUCUUGCUCUCAUCUCAGCAAGCUUUCCCAUGGUCCAUGCUCCUGUUUGAUGCAGAGGAAAGAGUGUGUAGGGCCUGGGCAGGGUAUCGUUUGGGAGUAGUGAGAGUGUGGAAGGGAUAAAAUGAGGACACAGGUUUUCUACUGAUCGACUUGUACCACACAGUCAGUCUCUGCUCUUUCUUUCAUGUCUUUGUGACUUUGUGCAUAGAGCAGUACAGUGGGAAGAGACUCAGAGCCGCAUUUCAUUCUUCCAACUCAGGUCCAUCUGCAGUGGUAGCUGUGGUGGCCUUGGAGUGGCAGAAGACCAUCCCUCUGAGCAGGUCUGCACCCAGGAGCCGUCAUCUUCCUCCAGCCUGAGUGUGCCUCUGCCCUCUGUCUGUAUCAUUAACAGAGGCUGUGUGUCACAGACUCUGUGACCGUUGAACCAGCAAUUGACUCUGACUGUUGCUUCCAAGGCUAUAGGCUGACCCAGUGAAAGAGUGUUAAGACACUGACCUGAGACACUUUGAGUUCUAAGGCCGAUACCGAAUAGGGCUACAUAACGAGACUUCAGCCAUGCCUGAGAAUAAGAGUGGAACCCAUGCUAAAACUAGGAAGGGGACUGGCAUAAAGGCUGAAGGAGAGAGGGAGGCUACUGGAAUAGUCAAGGCCAAGGCAGGGUUUGAGACAGAUGCAGUAGCAGAGAGGAAGGGAGUGUCUGAGGCUAAGGUUGUAACUGAGAUGAAGGCAAGAGCCCUGUCAGAGCCUACGGCUCUGGUCAAAGGCGUGGCUAAGGCCAUGCCUAGAUCCUGGGCCAGGUCAGGGGAGGAGAUGAAUACAGACUUUGGUCCCAGGGCUGAGGAUGAGGCCGCUGUGGUAUCUGGUUUUUCUUGUGUGGCUGAGGAGAGUGCUGCAUCUGGGGCCACACACAAAGAUGAGACUGAUACUGAUGCCUGGUUCUGGGCUGGGGAAGAGGCCAGUAUCGGUUCCUGGUUCUGGAAUGGGGAAGAGGCUGGUGGUGAUCAGACGAACGCUAAGGACGAAGGUGAAACUGAUAUUGGUGCCUCAAUCAAUACUGAGGAGUUGGGAAUAGAGGCUGCUACUGGGGCCAGCUGGAAGCCUAGGCCAGAGGAGGAGGGGGAGGAGGACGAAGAUGAGGAGUGGGAGGACUAUGAACAGGAGGAGAAUGAGGAGGAGGGGGAAGUCGUUAUUGGGAAGUGGUUCUGGGGUGGAGAUAAAAUUAGUUUUGACCCUAAUCCUAGACCCGUGUACAGGAUAGUUAAGCCCCGGGUAACGUGUGAAAUUGAUGAAAGAAAUAGGCCCAAGGACUGGUCUGAGGUAACUAUCUGGCCCAACGCCCCUGCUGAAAUUCCGGCAUUGUUGGCAUCUAGAUACCAGGUCCCGUCGAGGACAAGGCCUCUUUCAUAUACUGCCCAGUCCUCAGGUGAGAAAAACACGGGUUCCCUGCCUGCGGCAGAAGCCGGUCUUCAUGAGGGCACUUCCGUAUGCCUACAGUCUAUAGACGCGUACCCAUUUGAUUCUGAGACUUGCACUCAGGCCAUAGAGAAGAUCAGAGGGCAGAUCAGGAUCAGGGAGCUGAAUGGGAUUAGGCCAUUUCCUUGCCCUUGCAAAAUGGAAUGCCGCCUGAAUUCUGAGGACUUUGAAAAACUUGUUAGCUUACUUAAGUCAAAUGCUGAUCCUGUCAUUCAUAAAAUAGCUCAAAUUGCAAUGGGUAUCAUCAAGGUUCAUCCCCUUGCCCAAGAGCUCAUUAAUGAGAUGGGUGUGCUGACUGUUAUUGAAAGCUUGCUCGAUUUUCAAUUCCCAGACAUGACAAGAAAGGCUGAAAUUACUCUGAAUCCCAUUUCUGUGGAGGAAAGACAACGCAGGAAUAUAAUACAUGUUGUGCAUAUGUGUAAGGAAACCGUGUCUUUUCCCUUGAACUCACCUGGUCAGCGAUCUGGAUUAAAGGAAUUAGGGCAGCUGAGUGCUGACCGUGACCAUCACUUCAUUGUUGCCGCUUACCUUCCAGAGCUUUCCCGUAUGCUAUCCCUGGGAAAUCAUAAAACCAGAAAUCUGGUUUUGAAAGUACUUUUGAAUAUGUCUGAAAAUCCCAUUGCAGCAAGAGACAUGAUGAAUAUUGAGGUAUUGUCAGCAUUAAAACUCAUCUUUCACCAGAAAGAGGCAAAAGCCAAUCUUGUUACUGCCGUGGCCAUAUUUGUUAAUAUAAAGGAGCAUAUCAGAAGGGGAUCGAUUGUAGUUGUUAAUCCCGUGAGUUAUAAUGAACUCAAGGCCGUGUUCCGUGAAGUUAAAACGAUUAUUGAAAAAUUGUAAAAUGAGCCAGAAAUAAAAGAGAAAACUUGGAACAAUCUCCAAACUUUAAUAGGCCGUAUGUUCCCAAAGAGCCUUGUGGUUAUCACCAUGUGCACAUUAUAAAUUGCAUCUUUAACGUGAUGUUACUUGUGACAGCCUCUGGGUUUGAGCUAGAUCAUAUUUGGAUAUCAAAUGAAUAUUACCCCUUGAGCUGAAAAUACCUGUUGAUCUUCAUCCUGUCUAGUUUGGGAGAUGUGUAGCAUUUUCCGUAAGGAGAUCGUGAACCAACAUUGGAAGUAAGCUAGCUUGUUCAUUAGUAUCUACAUAGAUCCAUUUGUGGCUUCACAUGGCAAAAAAUGAAAAGCAAAACAAAACAAAACAUAACAAAAAAACCCUUGAGUUUAUAGUCUAGUUUUAGAAAUAAGGCAUAUACACACAGAAAUAUAAGCGCCAGUACCGACAGCGUAUAUAUGCUCAUAGCCAAACGUGCCCUCUUGAUCCUUAAAGGGAGCAGGGAUUGCUACAGUGUAGACUGUUUAAUGUAAAAGGAAAAACUAUUUUCCCUAUUCCACCUGCAUGACACAACUCAUUCUACAACACAUAAAUGGACUUGAGUCUCAGUCAAAAUGUCAUGUUAGUUUAUUUAAUUUUUUAUCUCGGUACCACAUUUGGAGUUCUCAUAUUGUCAGGCUAUUUGGUUUAUGUCAGUGUCAUCUCUUACAGAAAGGAAGGAGGUUUACAGGGGAAACAUUCCCCGAGUGCCUACUCUAUGUCAGACACUGUUGGCACCACAAUUUACAGGUUUUUUUUUUUUUUCUGUCUCUUUCUCCCGAUGAUCCUGUUGGAUAGGCUACUAGUAUUUCUUUUUAUCGUAAGUCAUUAAUCUGGGUACUCUCCAAUGAGAAUCCGAGGGGUUUAAUUUUUUCCUACAUCCCCACAGCUGGCAGGUGGCAUAGCUGUUUUGUCUGGUAACCAUCUUUGUCUGAUACCAAAACCCACUCUCACCACACUACCUUACAGUCCCCCUUCACUUUUUCCCAUGGUGGUCUUCAAAGCUCAGGGACUAUUUGGUUUGAAUGGCUCAAUUCUGCUGUGGAUGAUGUCCCUGCCGGGCUUGCAAUUCUUAACAUUUAAAUUUCUCCAAUCUGGCCAUGUCAGUUAGGCUUUUGGCUCCACCUGGCUGGAGGUCAGGAGAAAAGUCUGGGAUGAAUAGAUGGGUUUGGCCCAGCAGUGUCUGCGACAGUCGACCUAGAAUGGCAGCUGUCUCAACCCACAAGAUAGUGAUUUCUGGAAGUCUGUAUGGCCCAGAAAGUAUUCCCAGGAGUUUGGCCUGUGGCUGAGUUCUGUAAGUCUUAUGGCAGGAAGUACAGCCCAUGGUCUGAGCUAAAGAGAAAGAUUCUGUGUGUGAAAGUAUCGGGUUAUACGCUUUAAGACUUUUACACAGUUAAAUGAAAUCAUGCUCUCAGUACUGUUUGUAACAUGCUUUUUCCCUAGCAGUAUAUUGUGAAAAUCUUUCCAUGUCAAUAAAUGUACUUAUACAGCAUAUUUUUGAAUCGUGUAAUAUUUUGGUAUGUAGGCUUCCGAUUUUUUCUUUGCAUAUUUUCUAGUAUACAUAUGAACACAUUUAUUCUUUUGCAAAAAUGGGAGAGUGGUAUUCUGCAACUUGCCUUUCCCUCGUCAUUAUUUUCCUAAUUCAUUAUUGUAGAGAUCUGUCACAUGCUUUUUAUUAAUAGCUUCAUUGAGGUAUAACUGACAGAUACUAAACUGCAUGUAUUUGGUAAGUUUUGACAUAUGUAUUCAUGCAUGUCACCAUCACCAAAAUCAAGAUAGUCACCAUAUCUGUCUCCCCUCAACAGCUACUUCAUGCCCCUUGGUAAUC